ACUACCCAAUGGAAAAGCGGAACCUUAGAGUGGCAGUUCUUCAGACCAAUUAAAGACGAAAACGGUGGACGAAGGCUCAGCCCCCGGGGGCUCCAGGGGAGGGGGAAGACGAAGCUUGAAAGACUUGGUAAUGGCGACGGGUUUGUCGGAGCACCAUAAUAUGGUGUGGGAAGUGAAGACGAACCAGAGGCCUCAUGCAGUACAGAGACUCCUGCUGGUGAUGGACGAGAGAGCUACAGGAGUGAGUGACUCAUUGGAGUUGCUGCAGUGUAAUGAGAAUGUGCCGUCCUCUCCAGGAUACAACUCCUGUGAUGAGCACAUGGAGCUUGAUGACCUUCCUGAACUUCAGGCUGUUCAAAGUGACCCUACCCAAUCUGCCAUAUACCAGCUCAGUUCAGAUGUAUCUCAUCAAGAAUAUCCAAGACCAUCUUGGAGCCAGAAUACCUCAGACAUACCGGAAAAUACUCACCGUGAAGAUGAGGUGGACUGGCUAACAGAGUUAGCAAAUAUUGCCACUAGUCCACAAAGUCCACUAAUGCAGUGCUCAUUUUAUAACAGAUCAUCUCCUGUACACAUCAUAGCUACUAGCAAAAGUUUACAUUCCUAUGCACGCCCACCACCAGUGUCCUCUGCAAAGAGCGGACCAGCCUUCCCUCAUGACCACUGGAAGGAAGAAACACCAGUAAGACAUGAAAGGGCAAACAGUGAGUCAGAGUCAGGAAUUUUCUGCAUGUCCUCCCUGUCAGAUGAUGAUGAUCUGGGCUGGUGCAAUUCCUGGCCAUCAACCGUUUGGCAUUGCUUUCUCAAAGGCACACGACUGUGCUUCCAUAAGGAAAGCAAAAAGGAGUGGCAAGAUGUUGAAGACUUUGCUAGAGCCGCCAGCUGUGAUGAGGAGGAGAUCCAAAUGGGCACUCACAAGGGCUAUGGGUCUGAUGGUCUAAAGUUGUUAUCCCAUGAAGAGAGUGUGUCAUUCGGUGAGUCUGUACUGAAGUUGACAUUUGAUCCUGGUACAGUAGAAGAUGGCUUGCUUACUGUGGAGUGCAAGCUGGACCACCCUUUCUAUGUUAAAAAUAAAGGCUGGUCAUCAUUUUAUCCAAGCUUGACUGUGGUACAGCACGGCAUUCCAUGCUGUGAGAUUCAUAUUGGUGACGUAUGUCUACCUCCUGGACACCCUGAUGCCAUUAAUUUCGAUGAUUCAGGUGUUUUUGAUACAUUUAAAAGCUAUGACUUCACACCUAUGGACUCUUCCGCAGUCUACGUUUUGAGUAGUAUGGCUCGCCAGCGCCGCGCAUCUUUGUCUUGUGGAGGACCUGGUACUGGUCAAGAGUUUGCAGGAUCUGAAUUCAGUAAAAGCUGUGGUUCACCAGGAUCAUCACAGCUCUCCUCUAGUUCUUUAUACACUAAAGCUGUCAAAAGCCACAGCUCAGGGACUGUGAGUGCCACUUCUCCUAAUAAGUGCAAAAGACCAAUGAAUGCCUUCAUGCUUUUUGCCAAAAAAUACAGAGUUGAAUAUACUCAGAUGUAUCCAGGGAAAGAUAACAGAGCCAUAAGUGUGAUCCUUGGUGACAGGUGGAAAAAAAUGAAGAACGAGGAAAGGAGGAUGUAUACAUUAGAAGCAAAGGCUUUGGCUGAAGAACAAAAGCGUUUAAAUCCCGACUGCUGGAAAAGGAAAAGAACCAAUUCAGUAAGUGUUAGCAGUCUGCCCUGAUGGGAUGCUGUGUGUCCUUGUGCCCGUGAUGACGUGUCAAAGCCUUAAAAUACAAUCUCACCACCAUUAUACGUCCAUCCUAAUAAUGGAGUUUGCCUUUCUAUCAUCAGGAACCACUUGUGUAGGACUGCAAGCUAGCUGAAGAAUGUCCCAGUGCUGAGGAAGGUUUAAAGUAUACUACUUCUAAUAUUAACCAAAGAUGGACACCAUUAACUCAUUACAGUAGACAGUCUAAGUUUUGGUGGCUUAAGUAACAUCCAUGCAGACUUCUGCUCCUGGCAGAAAAGACUGGGUUAAGAAUCUGAGUGAGUAGGAAGGAUGGGAAAGAAGUUUCAGUGCUGUCUUGGUUGGUAGACCCCAUUCCUAGAAUCAUUCUUUACAUGACUAGCAUCCUUUAUGUGCAGGGUUUAGAUUAUGUAGCACAAAAUACAUGAUAGAAAAAAGAAAUGAUUUGAACAGUUAACAGGAAGAAGGCUUAUUAAGGGUGUUUUAGCCAAUCCUAUAUAAUUUAUAGGUUAAAUGGCUUAAGGAUUUAUUUUAAAAUAGUAGUCAGCCACCCAAAGUAGUUGAACUAUAAUAUAGAAAUUUGUUUUGUGCUUUUUUUGCUGUAUGUGUGUGUGUGAGUCAAGAUUUCAUGUAGUCUCAAACUUGCUUUUGUACGCAAGGAUGACCUUCAACUUUGAUCCCUCUGCUUCCAACCCCUUAAUUCAGGAAUUAGAGGCUGGUAAUACAACCCUCAAGUUCUGUGGAUGCGUACGUGUUUGCGUGAGUGCAGCCAUGUACAUUAAAGUCACAGGACAAGCUUAAGCGUUGGUCUUGCCUCCUCUUGCUUUGGGCAUACAAUUUUAGUUAGUGAACCCAAGGCUUUAUGCAUGGAAGGCAUACUUUAUCUCCGGAGUCACAUACCCAUUCCUCACAAAUUCUCUAAUGUUGGGCACUUCAUUUGGGACAUUACCACGUUUCUGUGCAUGCUGGUCUCAUUUGUUUACAUUUUCCAGAUACUCAAGCCAUGAACCAUUAGUACACAGUAAAUUCAUAAAUGUCCAAGCUUAGUGAACAGGGUCACUGCACAGGGUUUUGUAAGCAUUCACUGCUUUGUUUCCACAGGGCUCUCAACAGCACUAAACCUGAUGCUUCUGUCUGUAAGUCUGUACCUGCAUCAGUACUGACUCUGUACCUGCAUAAGGACUGACUCUGGACGGAAAAGCUUGGAAGACCUUGGUCUCACCAUUUGUCCUACAUUUGUGUGACCAUAAAAUGCUGGGAGCAUUGAGUUUUGUAAUGAUUUAAUGGGUGAGGAGGAUCUGCUUUCUCCAUUAGAGCAUUAAGUAAGCUAAAACUAUCAACAUUGUAAACCAAAUUGCCUUAUUUUCCUUCCAAACUUCAUAUAUGUCUAUCAGGUAAUAUAGGCUUGAAAAUUGAUAUCCUGUGGUGCUAAAGUACAGUAGAAAGAGAGAUGUGUAUACAUGUCUUAUUUUAAAUUGUACGAAGGGGAAUUUAAAAAUAUGUAACUGCUGUUUAUACAUCAGCUCCUUACUGCUUAUUAAUCUGUAUUGUACCCACGAUAUCAGGAAUGAAGCAGAAGCUGGCCUUUCCAUGAAUAGCCACCACAUGGCCCAGUGUCUCUGCCAAACACAGUUGCUUCUAGUCUGGCCAGUGCCAAGAGACAACCUAACAUGGCAGGUGGAUGGUGUCAUUGUCUCAGCUGAGAGCCACCUGCUUCAGAUACCAUGGGCGUGUGCUGAGUGGAUGCACCAGGGGGCAGCACAGCUCCAUGAUUCCCAGUGGGGCCCAAGCCAGGCUAAGGUGCAGUCAGUUAGCAUUGGGACAGUCAUUGUAAUGGUGCUGUUAUCAGUUGAAACCAUGCUCCCUGUCUCCUCAGCCACAUCCCCUCCGUCUCUGCUGUCAUCUUCUCUGUGGUGGGGCAGACUUUGCACUUACUGCAGUGCAACACUUGCACUUUACCCCUCCGGCUUCUACAGUAGAGCAAGUCCUUCGGCAGCCCUGCUGCUUUCGCUCUGCGCUACAAUCAUGGCUUCUCAUGUUACUUACCAAGUGGUAUUUUUGGUUAGGAAUCACAGCUGUAAAGUUGAUUUCAGUUCAUUACACUUCUUAAACAUAUUGCCCCUCAAUUUUGCACACUAUAUUCUUGUAUAUUAUUUCAAAUAAAAUGAAAAAAGUCUA